AUGGGAUCAAUCCGGCAGCCGAGGGCUCUCAGGGUCGGGGUGGACGUUGGCGGCACCAAUACUGACGCAGUCAUUCUUGACUUGGACGCCGUGGAUCAACCGAAUCGCGGAGUGCUCGCCUGGCACAAGACGCCGACGACCAGUCCAAACGUGACGGCUGGUAUUGAGACGGCUGUGGGCAAUGUAUUGGCCCAACUUGGAGGAGACACCGCGUCGGAAAUUUCUUGUCUAAUCAUCGGCACGACUCACUUCUUGAACGCUGUCAUCGAACGCGACACCCGCCGACUAUCCCGAGUCGCAGUGGUGAGGCUGUCCAAGAGCUUUACUAAGGACAUUCCUCCUUUUUCAGAUUUUCCGCCAGACCUUACUCAACUUCUGAAGGGCUAUUGUGGCUUCGUUGACGGAGGUCUCCACAUUGAUGGUUCAGAAGAAGCGCCAAUUAACGAGGAGCAAAUUCUUCAGCAAUGCGACAAGAUCAAGGAACUCGGGCUCGACGCAGUGGUUCUUUCCGGCGUAUUCUCUCCUAUCGACAAGCAUUUCGAACAGGAAAUCCGUGUCAGGAAAAUCAUGCAGGAGAAGUUGCCAGGGGUGGAUAUUGUCUGCUCAUGUGAAGUAUCCAAUAUCGGUCUGUUGGAAAGAGAGAAUGCUUCCAUCCUGAACGCAUCAAUUCUCAAGUUCGCCAGACGUACAAUCCGAGGUUUCCGAGCGGCCAUGAGGCGACUAGGACUGGACUGUUCCUUAUUCAUUUCUCAAAACGAUGGCACAGUGAUAGAUUCUGUCUCUGCGGCCAAACUGCCAAUCAAGACCUUUUCAUCGGGACCCACGAAUUCAAUGAGAGGUGCAGCAUAUCUUGGUCUGGCACAAUCUGGACGCAAGGAUGAGGAACGCGUCUCGACAAUCGUUGCCGACGUCGGAGGGACGACCACGGAUUGUGGAGUCUUGUUACCGUCAGGAUUUCCGCGAGCAGCCAGUGCUUAUGUUACAGUCGCUGGUGUUACUAUGAACUUUCCCAUGCCGCAUCUUGAGUCGAUCGGGCUCGGUGGAGGAUCCAUUGUCCGUGAACGUGACUCUGAAGUCACAGUCGGUCCGGAUUCCGUGGGAUAUCAGCUCACGACAAAAGCAAAAGUCUUCGGCGGCGACGUUCUAACGACCACGGAUAUCGCUGUUGCAGGCGGGCUCAAGAUAGGCGACCCCUCGAAGGUCAGCGAUCUGAGUCCUGAGUCGGUCAGUCGGACACGAGGCCGAAUCAAGAAAAUGCUUGAGAACGUGAUCGACAGACUCAAGCUGACACCAGCUCCGCUUCCAGUUCUACUGGUAGGCGGAGGAUCCAUCGUCUGCCCCUCGGAGCUAGAGGGUGUUACUGAAGUCAUUGUGCCCAAAUUUCACUCCGUGGCUAACGCAGUGGGAGCCGCAAUCUCCCGCGUCUGCGGAACCGUCGACACCAUCUAUGUGACCGCCGAUAUGACCGUGGCUGAAGCGUUGGAACAUGCCAAAGUUCAAGCUGUAGCAAAUGCCGUCACCGCCGGAGCAGACCCAGACACGGUCACCGUGGUGGACAUAGAGACAUUGCCCAUUCCUUAUGUCGCUGGCCAGAUUCGGGUGAUCGUAAAGGCCGUCGGCGACCUGUCCACUAGCUACAUCUCCAACAGCAAGAGCCUCAGUGAUGAAGAUGACGGCAGCGACGAGGCCUUCAUAGAAAACAUUAUCAAGCCAGCGGCGGUCCAGACAACGGAGAAACAAACACGUUUCGAUUUUGAUGCGUAUCGACCGAAGAUUGUGGCAAACCCCACGACACGCAGGGACGAAUGGCUUCUUUCAGAGAAAGACCUCGAAUGGAUCAGGGAUGGUUGUUACAUCUUGGGAUGUGCCGGGGGCGGAUCACCGAAAGCUGAAUUUUUGAAGCUUCGAGAUCAGGUUCGAGCAGGUUAUUCGGUUCGGAUUAUUGACAGCUCGUCACUCGCCGAGGACUCUCUGAUAUACUGGGGCGGAAUGAUGGGCUCACCCGCCGUGUCAAUCGAGCGACUCAACUCCGCAGAAUGCCUACAUGCUGUGGCAGAUCUGAUGGAAUAUCUCGGCCAUAAAUCUUUCGAUGCGAUUAUGGGGCUUGAGAUUGGCGGCGCCAAUGGACUUGAACCUAUGCUCAUCGGAUCGUCUAAGGCGUUUGACCGACCGGUCAUUGACGGUGACUGGAUGGGUCGAGCAUAUCCAACAUACUGGCAGACCACUCUGGCCGUCUAUGAGCCUGGGCAGUUGACUCCAUGCGCCAUCGCUUCAGGUGAUGGCAAGACAAUCAUUAUGACCAAGUCGCCCGAAGACGAGAUCGUUGAUCGUGCGCUGCGUGCGUCUUGCUCCGAGAUGGGUUCUCGCGUGGGAAUGGCCGCAAGACCGACGACGGCAGACCGUGUAAGGAAGUAUGGAGUGUUGAACACCGUGUCUCUUGCCUGGCGUAUCGGCAGAUGCGUGGCACGCGCACAACAAGAGAACACAGUUCACACCGUGGCCGAACAAAUCAUUGACGCCGUGGGCGGCCCUUCUACCGCCAAAAUUCUCUUCAGGGGAAAGAUUGUUGGGGUUGAACGCAGGCUCUUCAAAGGACACUCGUAUGGAGAAAUUACCAUCAAGCAAAUACAGGAGGACGAAGAGGAGAGCGGCCAUGCAAGUGCGGCCGUUGUUGAAGGUGGCGUGGUGAAAAUCCCGUUCAAGAACGAAAACAUCUAUGCAAAGCAUAUCAGCGACGACGGCAAAGAAACAUACCUUGCGACUGUUCCGGACUUGAUCUCGGUGCUCGACACCCAGUCAGGCCUCGCACUUGGUGUCCCAGAGUAUCGCUAUGGGCUCAUGGUGACGGUGCUCGGAAUAGCCUGCUCACCACGGUGGACAGACACCCCAAGGGGGCUGGAAUACGGUGGUCCCAAGGCUUUCGGGUAUAACAUCGAGUACACGCCUGUGGGAACCUACACUGAGCCCAAGAGUGUCAUCAAGGAGUUUGCCGGUAUUUAG